AUGCCAUGCAUCUCCCUUCCCUUUCGAAGACGCCCCGACCCAAAAGAUCCUUCUGCCGGUUUUCCAAAAGCACACAAAUACGAUGGCCCGCUCCAGGAGGGCUCACAAGGCUGUGUCGAGCAAUGGACACACAUCCCAACUAAAACCGUUAUCGCAGUAAAGGUAAUGACCCGUACCCACCGUCCAUCCCCCGAGAUACAAAUCCUCCGUGACUUGCCACCCCACGACUCCAUCAUAAGAUACCUUGAUCACUACGAAAAGGUCCCAUCUCCAACCCAAGUAUCCAUCCUCCUUGAAUACUGUUCCGUCGGAGACCUCUACGUGCUCCGAAGCAUAAGCAUCGAUCAAAACAAACCCACCUUUUCAGAACCCUUCAUGUGGUCCACCUACACCCAACUCCUCAGCGCCCUCGCCUUCCUCCACCACGGCAUCUCCCCAACGUACCCCUCCGGCCGCCACCCCUGGAUCCCCAUCGUCCACCGGGACUUGAAAUUCGAAAACGUCCUCGUAAAAUCCCUCGGCCUCGCUCCAGACUGGUCCACUGUCGACCUCAAACUCGCAGACUUCGGUAUGGCAGGUUACCACAAUCCAGCUCACCCAAAUCCCUCUGGCUACAUCGGUACAACAUACUACUGGCCGCCCGAAGUAACCUGGGAAACCAAACAGCUCUCGCCAGCCAGCGACGUCUGGGGUAUCGCAGCUAUAAUGCACGAACUGGCGCAUAACUUCCCCCCGAUAGUCGACCCCGCGGUCGUGGAAGCGCAGUGGUUCAAGACUCACACCGAACCGCCCUUCCCCCCUACAUACUCGGACUCACAAAAGAGAAAUUACUGGGCUGCCAAGGCACCGAGGCGAGUUAUCCCGAUUAAUCUCGAUACCGAUGCCGACAUACCGAGUUUGCGUGACCCGGAGUUGGGAGGUAAGGAUAAGACGGCGCUGUGGUUUCGACGGCGGAGACCGAGUCCGAAGUAUUCGGAUCGCUUGAAUGGGUCUGUGAUGAAGGGUUUGGAAACGGUGGAGCAGCGGCCAAGUGCGGGGGUGUUGUUGGGGGUUGUGGAGAAGGAGUAUAAGGAGGUUUUGGGGGAGAGACUGAGGACGUAG